AUGUCUAAAAAGUCCACUGGCGAUGAUAUAUGGAAAGGCAACGUGGAAAAGAUAAACUCAGAGUUGUUCACAUUGACAUAUGGAUCACUUGUUGCUCAAUUAUGUCGAGACUUUGACAAUAACUACCAGGAGAUCAACAACCAACUCGACAAAAUGGGGUACAACAUCGGAUGCAGGCUAAUUGAAGAGUUUCUUGCCAAGACUGGUAUCAAACGAUGUGCUUCGUUUAAAGAGACUGCUGAUAUCAUAUCCAAAUUAGGGUUCAGACUAUUUCUCAACAUCCAACCACAAGUGGAAAAUUGGUCAAACGAUAACAAGAUUUGCAGUUUGAUAAUACCGGAACCUAAUCCAUUAACUGAAUUUGUCGAGUUGCCUGUAUCCGCCGACCCAAAAAUCAGCAAAGAAUUGUGGUAUUCACAAGUAUUGUGCGGUGUACUUCGGGGUGCCUUGCAAAUGGUUCAGUUAGAUUGUGAUGUUUACUUUGUCAAGGAUGUAUUACGUGGUGAUGAAAGAACGGAGAUGAAGUUGAAGUUGAAUAAAGUCUUGAAGGAUGAAGUUCCUGCCGGAGAAGAUUAA